CGAAUUCUCGUUCGCAGGUUACAGUGAUGUUCAGCUCAACAGAUAUGCCAUGACAAGCCGAAAAAAUAAAAAUUGAUGGUCUAUAAAUGACUCAGAAGACACACAGCUGACUCAGUUCGUUUGAUUUUAACCCACACCAUGGAGGAACCGUGGGAUUUGGAGUUUUUGUCUCGCAUUGCUGACAGCUGCUUAUCGUUCCUGUACGAGUUUGUGGACGAUUGGCUCGCAAACGACAUGAGGGUCUCUAUAUUCAAAAUCUUACUCAGCUGGUUAAUUUUUAGUCUUAUCGCAAUUCAUUUUGCCUGGAAAUUCUACGGGAAUACGGUUAACGACAUGUAUUACCGACAAGGGACUGGGCAGAACGGAGGCACACCUGAUGCAGCUCCUCACCUGAGUGGCUGGGAGAAUAAAUCAGGAGAAAAUCCGAAGAGCCAUCGGGAUUAAACAGACACUUGACAUUUGGACCAGAGAUAAAAAGACACUGAAUGGACAUUUGUAUGACUGACAAUGAACUCUUCGUGUUAUUUAAGAAGGUAUGAAGAUGGGUGGUCUUCUGCCAGUUUCUCAUAGAAAUAUUGAGGCUUUUCCUGCACAUCAGCAGUAUCACUGUGUCCUUGAGAUACUUAUUCUGGCCUGUUGACACUGGAUUCAAAAGUAAAAAAAAUUUUCCUCUAUGCGAAAUACAAAAAAAUAACGUACUUAAUAGACUUCUUUUUAAUGUAUGCCAGUGGCAUUAAUGUAAAAGAUCGGCAUGGAUUUGCUUAUGAAUUGGCUGUAAUUCAGGUAGUAGAUACAUGCAUAAACAAGAAAACAGCUACAGAAAUAAAUGUACAACACAAGACAACAAUUAUUAAACCAUAUUUUUAGGGUAAGGAAACACAUCUUGUAAGAGUGAAUAGCAUUGAAUGAAUGAUGUAAAUAAAAAAUUAAAAAAAAACCUGCUGUUAAUGUAGGACUCAAUUUGCUGCAGUGAAAAAAAUCAUUUUUAUUUUGAUUUCAUAAAGUGAAAAGAACGACAGGGAAGAGAGAAAUGCCAGUUACACACAUUGUCUUUUAAUUCAUUAUUAAACAUAUCUGUCUUAUAGAAGAAGCAUAAUUUCAAUGGGAAACAGUGCUC